UUUGAUUACAUUUACAAACUACAAAUUUGAAAUCAUGCCAAGAAUAGACACAGAGGUGAAGUUGGACUUUAAAGAUGUCUUAGUGCGGCCUAAACGUAGCACCAUCCGAAGCAGAGCUGAUGUUGAUUUAAGCAGAGAAUUUAUCUUCCGUAAUUCAAAGUGCAAGUACAAUGGAGUUCCAAUCAUUGCCUCUAACAUGGACACUACAGGAACAUUUGAAAUGGCAGCUGCUUUGUCAGAGUUCAACCUCUUCACUACAGUGCAUAAGCACUACACCCUUGAUGAUUGGAAGAAAUUUGCCAAAGAUCAUCCAGAAUGUUUGAAAUCUAUUGCUGUUAGCUCAGGGACUGGUUCUAAAGACUUUGAGCAAUUGGACUCAAUUGUGAAGGCGAUCCCAGACAUAGGAUACAUAUGUCUUGAUGUUGCCAAUGGUUAUUCUGAAUAUUUUGUCGAGUUUCUACGAAACGUGAGAAAGUCAUUCCCGACGCAGACAAUUAUGGCUGGCAAUGUUGUCACUGGUGAAAUGGUUGAAGAGCUGAUACUGAGUGGAGCAGACAUUAUUAAAGUUGGUAUUGGACCAGGCUCGGUGUGUACUACUAGAAAGAAAGCCGGUGUUGGUUAUCCACAGUUGAGUGCAGUCAUAGAGUGUGCUGAUGCUGCCCAUGGACUGGGCGGUCACAUCAUAUCAGAUGGAGGUUGUACCUGUCCUGGUGAUGUUGCAAAGGCUUUUUGUGCUGGUGCUGAUUUUGUGAUGUUGGGUGGUAUGUUUGCCGGUCAUGAUGAGUCUGGAGGAGAAAUAGUUGAGAGGGAUGGGUGCAAGUAUAAACUCUUUUAUGGUAUGAGUUCUGCCACAGCUAUGCAGAGAUAUUCAGGAGGAGUUGCUGAAUACAGGGCUUCAGAAGGAAAGACAGUUGAAGUUGAAUACAGAGGUGAUGUACGUCAUACAGUCCGGGACAUUUUAGGUGGUCUUAGGUCAACUUGUACGUAUGUUGGAGCAUCAAAACUGAAGGAAUUGAGUAAAAGAACUACUUUCAUACGUGUCACCCAACAAACGAACGAUAUUUAUAAAUGAAGAAAACAAGAGAUACCAACAGUGCAAACUAGAACUUAUUAUCUGUAUCACCAUUUUUAUUAGAUACAUUUAUUGUCCUGAGUUAUACGGACGUGUCCACA